AUGGUCGUCUGCAAGUUCUUCCAGCAGGGCCGGUGCGCCUACGGCAACAACUGCAAGUUUGAGCAUCCUCAGGGCAAUCGAUCCGCGACAUUUGGCCAAUCCUCGUUCGCUGCCUCACCCUCCGCGUUCGGGAGCACAUCGGGCCCGUCUGCCUUUGGCGGCGGCGGCGGCGCAAACCGCCCCUCGGCAUUCGGCGCUCCCUCCGCCUUUGGAGCGUCCGCCGCGCCGUCCGCCUUCGGAAGCACCUCUGCGUUUGGCUCGGCCCCGCGGCCCGGAGGAUCCGCCUUUGGCAGCGUAGCAGGCGGUGCGGGGGCGCCUUCAGCCUUUGGCAGCAGCACCGGUGCCCCUUCGGCCUUUGGCGGCAGCACCGCAGCCCCCUCUUCCUUUGGAGGAGGCGGGACAGCGACGACCGGAUCGGCCUUUGGAGCACCAAGCGCCUUUGGAGCAAAGCCAGGCGGCGGCGCAUCGGCGUUCGGAGCGCCCUCUGCCUUUGGCAGCACCUCGGCGCCCACUAGCGCCUUUGGAGCCACUGCUCCUUCAGCUUUCGGAUCCACACCCGUCGCCGCGGGGAGCAGCGCCUUCGGUGGCCGAGCAGCGGGCCCGAGCGCAUCAGCGCAGGGCAAGAUGGCCGACCCCAACGAUCCUCAGGUCACGCUCAUGCCGCAGGGGAUUGCAGAGGACCUUGGGCCGCAUGGCAGACCGCUUUGGAAGCUCACCGUCUACGGGCCGGCCAGAGGCGAACCGAACCUCGUCGGCGGCCAGGACCUCAGUCAGGAGGAGCUGAGGCUCAUGGCCUACACGGCUAGAGCUCAGGGACAGGAGGCUGCCUAUUCGCAGCACGAGCAGACAUUGGUACAGCAGGCCGAAGCCGCCUUUCGCCCUCUCUUCGCAAACACCAACCAGGCCUGCCAGCAGGCCCAGCGAAACCGCACAGAGUACAAUCGGACCCGGGCAGCCAACCAGGGAAGCGCAUUCGGGGGUGCCUCCGCCGCAGCGACACCCAGCGCGUUCGGGUCGACGUCGACACCGAGUGCCUUUGGCGCACCCUCGGCAUUCGGCGCCAAACCGGCGACGACGGCCACAAGCACAACGAGCGCUUUUGGCUCUACGGCGGCGCCCAGCGCCUUCGGUACGCCGUCGGCCUUUGGCGCGUCGACGACGGCUCCGACCGCUUCGGCAUUUGGCGCCCCGUCCGCGUUUGGAUCGUCGAAGCCGCCAUCGGCGUUUGGAGCCCUUGCCCCGUCGAGCACGGCAGCGACGCCAUCGGCGUUCGGCUCGACGGCGACGCCGAGUGCGUUCGGACAGGCGUCUGCCUUUGGCGCACCUUCGCAGGCCUCUGCAUUCGGCGGGGGGACGAGUGCGUUCGGCCAGGCUUCGGCCUUUGGCUCCUCCACCACCGCCGGCGCCGCCACGACCACGCCAGCAGCAACGACGGGCGGCUCAGCGUUUGGGUCUACCGCGGCGCCGAGCGCAUUUGGUGCCCCCUCGGCCUUCGGUGCUACCGGGCAGGGGCAGACGAGUGCAUUCGGCGCGCCCUCCGCCUUCGGAUCCGCACCAGCCGCGCCAGCGACGACGUCCGCGUUCGGGAGUACGAGCGUAUUCGGGACGGGGACGACGAGCGCGUUUGGCGGCAGCGCCGGCGGUUUCGGCGGCGGCGGCGCAGCGGCAACUACGGCACCUACCUCUGCAUUCGGCGCAGCGGGGGCGGCGUCGACGGCCAAGGUGGAACAGGAUCCGUACGCUGUGUUCGCACCCAAGAUCGAGGACCUGACGGAUGCGGUGCUCGAGAGCUUCAAGAGCGAGCGGUUCGCGUGGGGCAUGGUCCCGCUCAUCGAGCCGCCCGUCGAUGUACGAUGA